AUGAAUUAAGAAAAUGACGAGAGCUUGGAUGUAGCAAAAGAAAUGCUAUUGGUUGGUCUAAAUAAUCCAGAAUUGAACGAUAACAUAGAUAAGGAAUGGAAUUCAAGAAGAAAUUAACCCAGACCAAAGACGGCUUUACAUGAUAGAAGAUAACAAUAAUUAUAAGAGUUAAAAGAACAUUUUACGUCUUCCAAUCAGUUAUAACAAAAACAAGUGAAAAAAGAAAGAACCAAUCAAUAAGUUCAUUAAAGCUUUUAACCUUUACCAUAAAAUAAGGAAUUAGGAGCCCAAUUCGUGAAUGCAAUUGAAAAAUUCAAUGAUAAUUUAACUAGAGAUUCAGGUGUCUCACUAUGUUUUAAUUUGAUUGAGAAAAACAAAGACUUACAGUCGGUUUAAACAAUGAUUGAAUGUUUAUACAGCAGUUCAAAAAAAAAUAUUAAUCCUAAAACAAAUAGUUAAAAUACACUAGCAAUUGAUAUGGAAUUGAUAACUUUAGGUGAAAUAAUAAAGUAAAAUGAAGAAUCUUUAAACCCUUAUUUAAUUGAUAAGAUUUUUCAAAUAAUCAAAAAGCAUAUGAAUAGUAAUGCUGAUACAACAAUUUAAGCGAUAAGCUAUGUUCUAAUAUAAUUAUUAUCUCAAAUGAAUGUGUCUAAUAUUUAUUAAGAAUUAAAUGAAUCUAUAUUUGAUAAAGCAAGACAAGUUCAAGUGGGGACAAUUUUACCUUUUUUGUGUUAUUUUUUAAAGUAAAAGAAUAAGAUAGAGGAGUUUACUAUUUUAGGAUAAUUAAUUUUCGAAAUUUUUAAAAAAUUGAUGAUAGACAGUUUAGAGUUUUUGAAGUGCAUAGAAUUUUUACUAUGUUUAAAUUUGAAUUUGAAUCAAGAAAUCAUUAUUUAAAGAACUCUAAAGUAUUGUUAGGUGCCAAUUAAUAAGAAUUCAAAAUACUAUUUAGUUGUUUGUUAAGCCUGUAAGAUUAUUGAGCAUAUGGGAUCAAAAACAAGAAUGAUGUCAAAUGAAGUAAUAAAAGAGAUGGAAAAAUUAGUUAAUGACAGAAGAGUGGAUGUGUAGACGGCAGCUAAGAAAGCAAUAUCAGCUUGGAAGGAAUAAGAAAUCAAAUUAAUUGAAUAUUAAUUUGACUAAUUUUAUAAUAAAAUUGGAUUUUGUUAGACUCCAUAUACAGAGUAUUAGAAAAGAGGGUUUUAAAGUUUAGUGAGGGCAAGUUCAUUUGUGAGAAAGAAUUCAAGAUCUCCCAGUCUACCUAAGAAACUCCAGAAUUAAGCAGUAAAACCUAAAAUCAGGGAGAAAAUAAAUGAAAUAAGGUCUAAUUCACCAAAAUCUCAAUUAUUAGAAGAAGACAUGGAAGAAAUGAGAAGAAACUAGGCUUCAUAAUUAUUGAAAUGGGAGAAAGGUGAUGGUCAAUAAGAGUAAAAGAACAAGGAUGAAGAUAUUUUUGAUGAUUCUUUAGAAACUAAUCCAUUUUAAGUUAUCCAACAAUAAUCUCAUGGACAAUAAAGCUAGAUUAUUGAAUAAAAAGAAGAAUUACAAGAUAGCUUGAUGCAAAGAUAGUAAAAUAAAGAAGAUUCUUAAUAAUUGAGUAGGAUGCCAAAUAUUCAAUACAUUGAUAAUGUUUAGACAAUGAAAAAAUCAUUGCAUUCAUAAGAUUAAUAUGAAGAAAAAGGAAAUUCUGAUAAUGUCAAAGAAAUAGUUCAAAUCAUUGAUAAAGAUUAAUAACAAAAUUUGAAUACAUAAUAAACAGAGUUUGAAAAACAAUCGUAAAUUAAAUAUAAUAAUGAUGAAAAAGGUUUCUCAAAUGAUUUUCCUGAAGAGAAAGUUAAAUAAUAGAUAACAGAAAUAUAAGAGUAAUAUCAUAAAUAAACAUCUUAAGAAGAAUAAAAAAAUUAUGAAUUGCAUUAUGAGAGGAUUCAACAGUAGAGUUAAAAAGUUAGAAGUGGAAAAGUAUAAAAAUAGGAAGAGGAUGAAAUAGAAUUUGAAGAUUUAGAAAACAAUUAAAAUGUUGAUAAUGAGAAUCUUAAAAUUUUUGAAAUAAAAUAAAUAUCGAAUUUUGAUGCAUCCAUUUAAGAAUUUCCAAAAGAAUAUAUUUCCAAAAACAAUAAUAUUAAUUAUGAAUAGGAAUUGAUAGAAGAUAAGAAUAUGAACUAAGAAUUUUAACAGGAUUAAGAAGUUAUAGAGUAAAAUAUUUAUGAAAGAAAAUAGAAUGAGAUAAAAGUUAAAUCUGGGUAAGUUAUACAAGAAGAAAAUCUAGAACUUGAUGUGACAACAGAGGAUAUCUAAAAGCUUGACGCAACAAGAGAUGACUUAGAAUAAAAGGAUAUUAGAGAAGAUUAAGCGAUAUUUUAAUAAAAGGGUAAUGAAGGGAAAUUGUAAUUAAAUAGACAAGAAACAAAAAAGAUCGAAGAAAUACAAAAUAAAAAGGGAGAAUUAAUAGAGAACUAAAUUUCAGAAUGCAAUAAUAAAAAAUAAGGGUUAAUUGAAAGAGAAGAAUUUAAGGAAAGUUUGACAAACAAAAAGGCUCAAAAGAAAAGCUAGAAAAAAACAAGAGAUAAAAGAAAUAGAUAUUAUUUUGAAUAAGCAUUAAAUAAGGCAAAACAGAAUGUGAACGAGGGGUAUGAAAUAUUGUUUGAGAAUUGUGAUGAUUUAUAAAAGAUACAAUUUAUGAUGAUGGUAGGUCCACAAAUAAAUAAAUUAAAUAAUAAGAUUAUGAAUAAGAUUAUUGAAUUCAUGAAUGAAAUGAAAGAAACAGAACUAUUAAAUGUUUUGGGAAUAAAUUUAUAUAAACAAAUAAAGGAGUGUGAAUACUUUGAUGAAAUCAACCAUGAGGAUAUGAAGGAAGUGAAAAGCGUAUUAUAUGAAAUUAGUGGAAGCAAUUCUGAAGGAAUAGGAAUGAUGGCAGUAAAUAUCUAUAAUGAACUUUGA